AUGCUCACAGAAGUGCUGCGUUCCCUGUCCCAGUCACUACAGGGACAUUACAGGAUCAUGGAAAUCAGAUGUGCAAGGUUUAAAGAACAGUUUUCUGUGGCACAACUGAAGGAACUCGAUUUAAUUAGCGGCCGCUUCUGCGACACGUGGGUGGCCUUCGACAUCAUGUGCUCCACCGCCUCCAUCCUGCACCUCUGCCUCAUCAGCCUGGACCGCUACUGGGCCAUCUCCAGCCCCUUCCGCUACCAGCGCGGCAUGACCCGGCGCCUGGCCGCCACCAUGAUCGCCUUGGCCUGGGCCCUUUCCCUCCUCAUCUCCUUCGUCCCCGUGCAGCUGCAUUGGCACCGGGCCAGCAGGGACAGGGACGCAGGGUCACUGCCCCACUGCGACCCCCGCCUUAACCGUCCCUACGCCGUGACCUCCUCCCUGGUCAGCUUCUACAUCCCUGUGGCUGUCGUGAUCGCCACCUACGCCCGCAUCUACCGCAUCGCCCGGGCCCAGAUCCGCCGCAUCUCCUCCCUGGAGCAGGCUGGAGGGCGGUGCCCGUCGCAGGACGGGGAGCCGGCCUCCUCCCUGCGCAAGGAGGCCAAGGUGCUGCAGACCCUCGCCCUCAUCGUGGGUGUCUUCGUCUGCUGCUGGCUGCCCUUCUUCGUGCUCAACUGCCUGGUGCCCUUCUGCCAGCCCAGGGAUGAGGACGGCCCCCAGGAGCCAUCGCCCUGCGUGGGCCAGACCACUUUCAACGUCUUUGUGUGGUUUGGCUGGGCCAACUCGUCUGUGAACCCGGCAAUCUAUGCUUUCAACGCGGACUUCAGGCGAGCGUUCGGCAGCUUGCUGGGCUGCCCGUGCUUCCACCGCUCUGCAGCCAGCUCAGCUGUGGAGAGGGUCAACUUCAGCAAGGAGCUGGUCUCCUAUCACUGUGCUGCCACCUGCCACAAGGAGGGGGUUGCCACACCCCCGCUUCCUCCCCCUGCCAUCACUGCCUGGGCCCCACCAGUGCCCCAUGAUAUGAGCCUGCAGAGAGAAGAGGAGAGUAGUGAGGGUCCCCCUCUGGGGAAGAGGCCUGGAAACUCCGUGCAGGCUGCCCACAGCAACAGCCCCAGGAGUCUUCACCUGCCACCCCUUCUGCAGUUUGAGUGUGAGGCAGAGGUAUCCCUGGAAACCAUCACCCCUUGCACAGGGCUCACUGUUACCCCAACCCAGAGGGAUAAGAUCUUCCAUUCUUCACACACCUAAAGGAAGAAUAGGCCUCCUCCUUGCACACACAUAUCACUCCAGCCCACAGGAUUCACUGCUCCCUGUACCCUGCAUGUACCCAAGACCCCAUCGCAGAAGAAUGAGAUAAACACAGCCUGCCCAGACAGAUAACAGCCACAUAUUA